GUAUUUUGAAAGUUCUCUAGUGGUGGUCGACGUAUCGAUAUGCCAGAGUCUCCCGCUUCCCGCAGCCGCCGCACCGUUUAACGGCCCGCCAACCGACAACCGGACACUGUCUCCGUUCAUCCCAGCACAUCCAUAUCCCGGAGCCCAUUUAACGGUGAAUUACCGGUCUGUAGCGGCUCUAAGACGGAGAGAAACGGACGGAGGAGGAGGCCGCCGCCGCUCCUCCGCUGAACAGCGGUUUCUGGAUUUCUCGCUCUCAUAAACUGCAGGCUCUGCUGAUCAUCAUCUGGUUUUCGUAAUUAAUAUUCUCCUGUCGAUAUUCAAGAUGAAACAACGUAACCUGGAAACACUAACACAGUUGUGAAGAGCAGCCGUCAUCACAGCGCAGUCAUGCUGGAGGAGGACAUGGAGGUGGCCAUCAAGGUGGUGGUGGUGGGAAACGGAGCGGUGGGCAAGUCCAGCAUGAUCCAGAGAUACUGCAAGGGCAUCUUCACCAAGGACUACAAGAAGACCAUCGGCGUGGACUUUCUGGAGAGGCAGAUCAUAGUGAACGGCGAGGACGUCAGACUGAUGUUGUGGGACACGGCGGGGCAGGAGGAGUUUGAUGCCAUCACUAAAGCUUAUUACAGAGGAGCUCAGGCCUGUGUGCUGGUUUUCUCCACCACCGACAGAGAGUCAUUCGAGGCCAUCAGCAGCUGGAAGGAGAAGGUGGAGAUGGAGGUGGGCGACAUUCCCACUGUCCUGGUGCAGAACAAAAUCGACCUGCUGGACGACACCGUCAUCAAGAAUGAAGAGGCUGAAGGUCUUGCUAAAAGGCUGAAGUUGAGAUUCUACCGGACGUCAGUGAAGGAGGAUCUGAAUGUCAAUGAAGUUUUUAAGUAUCUAGCUGACAAAUAUCUGCAGCGACUCAAGCAGCAGUCAGCGGAGGAGACGGACAUCAUUCACACAUCCAGCAAUAAAAUAGGCGUCUUCAACACAACAGGCAGCGGUCAUCCAAACCAGAACAACAGCGAUUUGAAUGGCAGAGAGAUCGUAAACCUGCGACCAAACAAGCAGCGGACGAAGAAAACGAAAAACCCCUUCGGCAGCUGCAGACUCCUGUAGAGCCCCACACCACAGAUGCAUUGUGGGCUUCAUUCACGCUAACUGCUAAAGUCAUGUUCAGUGCAGAGCAGGUCUGUCAUUGUGUGUGUGUGUGUGUGUGCGUAGGUGUGUGUGUGUGAGUGUGUGUGUGUUGGCGCUCUCUUCUGGCCACACAGAGAAAAACACUAAGAAAAAAGACUAGAUUGUGAGUUUUUGCACGGAUAGAGGCAUCAAAACUGACCCCAUAAUGAAAUCUAAUAUGCAUUAGUGGCUCAGAAAUGAUCAUGAUCCUGAAAAUCGAAUCUGCAGUGAGCGACGGCGAAUCUGAGGUCUGUUCAGCUUAUUUUUGUAUUGACCUGUAAAUCUGUCAGACGCUGCCCUCGCUCACGUUUUAACAAGUCAACACUUAAUUAAAAAAGCGAAUCUAUUUUUCUCACA